UCGCAUAUUUUUGCUGAUCCACAGCGACACAAACCUGCUGUUUUUAAACGUCUUUCUCUGUUUUCGAUUGGGUUGUUUCAGCUUUAAAACCUUGAGUAAUGUAGAAAGCUUCGGCAUGCUUGCAGCUCAGCCGAAUAUGAUUCUAUGUACCAGCUAAGGACCGCUGAGGAAGAAGAGUACAGCAGUGAGAUCUCCCAGCUCAGGCAGGCGGUGUUAGAAAACGAUGACAGACUCCUUGACAAAAUGCUCUGCCAGGAAAUCUACAAGAAAGUCAUCAACUGUAGAGGCGGCUGGGGCAUCGCAGGCACGCCUCUCCACGCCGCUGUGUCUAAAGGCCACCUCAGCUGCCUGCAGGUUCUGCUAGGCCACGGCGCUUUAGUAGACUCUGUCGAUGUCAAAGCCCAAACGCCCCUUUUCACAGCAGUUCGGGGGAAAUACCUGGACUGUGUUCUUACCCUCCUCAGAGCCGGCGCCAACCCCAACGGAAGCAAGGCCAAUAACAGCUCCCCUGUUCUCACUGCAGCCAGAGAGGGCAACGUGGAGAUCCUCAGGCAGCUGCUGGAUCAUGGCGCAGACGUGAACUCUCGCUCCAAAGUCCUGGUGUGGCCGUCCUGCGAGAGAGUGAGCGGCGGACCGCUCUACCUGGCUGCAGUUUACGGACACAUAGAGUGCUUUAGGAUGCUGCUCCUCUAUGGGGCGGACCCGGAUUACAACUGCACAGAUGCAAGGUUCCUGGGCUUAGUCAAGCAGCCUAAAACAGUGCUGGAGAUGUGCCUGAGGUACGGCUGCGGAGUGGAGUACAUCCAGCUGCUAAUUGACUUUGGUGCAAACGUCUACCUCCCCACGCUGAUCAUUGAGAAGUCCACGAAGCAGAACGAAGCCGUGGAGCUGCUUCUGAGUGAGAGAGGAAGCCCCAAAGCCUUGACCUCACAGUGCAGACUUGCCGUGCGAAGACAUCUGAAAAGCAUCAACAAGAUCCACUGCAUCGAUGAGCUGGAAAUGCCCACCAGUCUGAAAAACUUUCUGCAGCAUAAAUCCGUCCCUGUCCCCGUUUUGUAAAGAAGGAAAUGUGUGUGUUAUUUUAUUGUGGUUUUAUUUCAGGUUGAUGUGUGGUUUCAUUGUGAGUCUUUGCAUACAUGUGUCUUAAAACUGCUUCUGUCUCUUCUUGGGCUGCUCUGCUCAGUUAGACGAUUAAAAAUGUGAGAAAGUAGCAUUUU